AAAUAGAAUUGAAUGGCGAGUCACGUGUGAGAGUCCAGACCGGCGGGCACACGUGUGAAUAUGGAUGAACCGUUCAACCCAACCCAGUCUUACACGAAACCUCUCCCCGCUCGUGACUCCCUUUACUUUCGGCCUAACCACCAAACACCCCCACCCCUUUUACAUCUUAACCUCGAACCCUAAUCGCCACCCCCACCACCAUCACCCUACCUACAUCUUCAAGCUUCUCAAAUGGCUUCCCUAGAAGAUCAGGCCGUCGUCUACAACGAUGAUGAUCUGGACGAUGAGGAAGAUGAUGAAGAGAGCGGUCCUCCACAGAACGAAGCCGUUGUUGAUGAAGAUGAUGACGUAGAUGUCGAUGAGGAGGAGGAGGAGGAGGAUGAUUCGACUUCCUCUCCUCCAGUGCCCGUUUCGAACCAUUCCGGCGCCGGAGAGGUUACUAUAGCCGUUGUCGGUGUCCCUGCAACUGAUUCACUUUGUAUUGAACCAAAACGAGAGCGGAUCAACGAUUUCGGCGUUACUCCGGCCACGAUUGUUGUGGAAGAAAAGAAGCCGUUAGUUUUGGAUGAUUCUCGGAAGCUUUUUCAACGAUUGUGGAUGGAUGAAGAUGAGAUCGAAUUGUUACAAGGAUUUCUGGAAUACACAACCCAGCGCGGUGGUAUAAAUUCAUCGUCGCAUCAUCAUCAUGAUACAGGUGCGUUCUAUGACCAAAUCAAGAACAAGUUGCAGUUGGAUUUCAACAAGAAUCAAUUAGUAGAGAAGCUGAGGAGAUUGAAGAAGAAGUAUCGGACAGUGAUGAGCAAGAUGGGAUCUGGUAAGGAAUUUGUCUUUAAGAGCCCUCACGAUCAAGCCACCUUCGAGAUCUCUCGCAAGAUCUGGAGCAAUGCAGGACCGAUUGUCGUCCGUAGCAGUGGUCCCCCCCCACCACCUCCAGAUGAUGGUGGAUUUGAUGAUGAGGAUUCACAUCUCAACCUUAACAACGUAAAUUUCAUUGAUCACAGCCCUAACUUCAAUCUUAACCCUAACGGGAUUGAUGUUAAAACUCCCAAGUCGAAAAAAAGGUCUCGAGGAGGAACAAUUAACUCUGAAGAAAAACCCGGGUAUAUUCAACAGUACUAUCAGCCAUCUGGUGGAGGAACGAAUGUCAUUCUUCCCCCAACUCCCGUCUCGAUGGCCGCCCCCCAGGCCACAGCCACAGUUGCAGCUUCAAUUCCUAGUUUGAUCGAGGAAACAGUGAGGAGCUGUCUAUCACCCAUUUUCAAGGAAUUGUUUAACAAUUUGAAUGGAUCGAGAUAUUCUGGGUUCGGAAUGUCAUUGGGUCCAACCCCUCUAGGAUUUGGGAACAGUUCAAUGAGCUCUGAUAUCAAUAUGAAGACGGAUGAGAAAUGGAGGAAGCAACAGAUUCUGGAAUUGGAAGUUUAUUCAAAGAGAUUAGAGCUUGUUCAAGAUCAAAUAAAGGCACAGUUGGAAGAACUCAGAUCCAUGAGCAUUUAGACCAUGGUUCCUUUUCUUAUACUACUAGAAUUUUAUAAUAAUUCUUGUUGAUGAUAUUACCAGAUUGCGAAAAUAGCUAAUUGU